ACUUCUCGUUAAGCUAGUUCGUCUGAUCCAUGUGAAAAUUUCUUUUCUCGUUGUAACCGAACCCAGAGGAGAUCAUCAUGAGUCCCGCGGCAGAAUUACUCGGUGUAAUUUUGUUACUUCUUCCAAUUUCGGCUGUGCUAGCAAUAGAAUGUCGGUACUGUGUGAGUCCGGUAAGCUUAGCAGAUUGUCACGACAAGGCAACUGAGGAGUCAUGCACUCCGGAUAUGGCAAAUAAAGCACAUCAAGCAGUGAAAAACUACCGUCCGGACUUAGCAAAUCCAACGAAUUCUACAGCUGUUCGAUGUCUUAAGCUGGAAAUCAUGCACAAUUUCGAUGGUUCCAUCACCUACGCUUCCGGUUGUUUCUGGAAAACGGUCAACUACUGCGAUGGAUGGCCAGAAUCGGAAACCAUAAAAAGCUGCAGAUCUUGCAACCUGGGUGAUCCUGAUUCAGUCAUUUGUGCUUCCGAAUCGCAAACUACGCCAAAUCCUGCUACCGUUACUGGAAUCCCUGAUAGCUCUUCUACUGCCAACCCUGGUGGAAGCUCAACAGCUAAUCCAGGAAGUUCAUCUACUUCUAAACCGGAAGGCAGUUCAACUGCUGAGCCAGGAAACGGAAGUCCGAGUGGAAUUCGACUGUCCUUAAGGGUCCUUAUGCUAGGAGCGUUUACUGUCUUAGCAAAGAUUAUAAUGUAGUCUAGUUGGAUUAAUUUGAUGUUGAAGAUUUCUUCCUUUUUUGAUACUUCAAAGUUUUUGAAACGAUGCUUACGUCUUUAAAAUAUCUUAAAAACUCCAAAUAUAUUUACCAAUGUUUGCUUCACUUCCACCGGGACAUUUUCCCAGGUUGUAUGUUGCGUAUACAAUGUUUCACCAGAGCGGCAGAUGCAUGAAACUGAAAACUUUUUGCUCCGGUUCGUAAAUUUCGUGACAAAAGGCUCCGGAUGACACACCUCCUGUCAGGAUGGCUCGGCAACCGUCAUCAACGGCAACAACGACGCAUGGAAUGAAACGCCUUGAACCGGGACAUAUGUUUUUGUGACCUUUUGAAGUGGCUUUUUUAUCCUCUUUCAAGGUUAUGCACCUGGCUUUUUCGUGGGUUUGUUUCAAUGUAAAACUUCAAUCAGGUAAACGAUGUCAGCAAAAAAAAACCAACAAUUUUGAACGGGUUUUCCCGAGCUUGAUGAUCAAGGCCGUAUUAAAGGGGGGCAAAAGGGGCAAUUGCCCCAGGCCCCCCAGCUCAGGGGGGCCUCCCGAGGGAAAAAAAGGGAGGGGAAACUACUUCAUUCUCUACAAAUCUUUGAAAAGAAAUCAAAAUUAAAAAUCGGAAUGAAAACUUGAAAUGUAACAACUAAAGGAGUCCCGUAAAAUAAUAUCUAGAAUAGUUUUUCUCUUAUAGAAGCAAGGGGUAAGCAGUGAAGGAAUUUUACCGCAUUUUGAGGGCUGAGAAUAUCAAUAUCUUGGAAUUGAAUUUCCAAAUUUUCAACCCAAAAUCUGGACAAAAAUAAUGUAAACCGAAUUAAAAAAAAAUCGAAAAAAAAUGAAGAAGAAUAUGAGGCAAACUACCUCAGAAUUUCCUUUUUUUUUAUCGAAAUAUGUUAGUCAGGAUAUUUUGUACAGAACAGGUAAAAUAAAGAAAAACAUCUCCUCA